CUGAUUCGUGUUUAUUGCAUCGCAAUUUCCACUUUGUUAUUUUUUCCAAUUAAAAAGUGCAGAAAAUAGUGAAAAUUUUUUGAGAAAAUGUAUCAAAUUAUUAGGAAAAUUUCCUCAAAUGGUUCAUCUCUCUUUCAAACAUGCAGACCAUUGAUUUUGUGGCAGAAUCCGCGACUUCUCUCAAACGAUAUAAGAUCAAAAUUCAGUAUUAGUGAUGAAGUAUUGGACGGAAGACCCCUCUAUCUUGAUGCUCAAGCCACAACACCCCUCGAUCCUCGAGUUCUCGAUGCUAUGCUCCCGUAUCUCACGAGCUACUACGGAAAUCCCCAUUCACGGACACACGCAUAUGGGUGGGAAAGUGAGGAUGCCAUGGAGAAGGCUCGUGCCCAAAUUGCCGGACUCAUUGGGGCUGAUCCGAGAGAAGUGAUUUUCACAUCAGGAGCCACCGAAUCAAAUAACAUCAGCGUCAAAGGCGUUGCUCGAUUCUAUGGGGAAAAGAAACGACAUGUAAUCACCACACAAACUGAGCACAAGUGCGUCCUGGACUCUUGCCGCGCUCUCGAGGGGGAGGGCUUCCGUGUGACGUAUCUACCCGUUGGCACCAAUGGUAUUGUGGACCUAGAAGAGCUGGAGAAGGCAAUCACACCUGAUACAUCCCUCGUGUCUGUGAUGACAGUGAAUAAUGAGAUUGGUGUGAAGCAACCUGUUGCGGAUAUUGGAGCUCUCUGCCGCUCAAAGGGUGUCUUCUUCCACACAGAUGCCGCCCAGGCUGUGGGGAAAAUCCCCAUUGAUGUGAAUGCCAUGAAAAUAGACUUAAUGUCCAUAUCCGGGCACAAAGUCUACGGACCCAAAGGCGUUGGAGCAAUUUACGUGCGGCGUCGUCCACGGGUGCGAAUUGAAGCAAUUCAGAGUGGAGGUGGUCAGGAGAGGGGGAUACGCAGUGGAACAGUCCCAACACCCCUUGCAGUGGGCCUAGGGGCUGCCUGUGAGAUUGCUUCGCGUGAAAUGGAGUACGAUCACAAAUGGGUCACCUUCCUAUCGGAUAGGCUCCUCAAGAAAAUCACCGAAGCCCUUCCGCAGGUGACCCGCAAUGGGGAUCCCACACAGACAUAUCCGGGUUGUCUCAAUCUCUCCUUUGCCUACGUCGAAGGGGAGUCUCUGCUGAUGGCACUAAAAGACGUCGCUCUAUCGAGUGGAUCUGCUUGCACUUCGGCAUCUCUGGAGCCCUCCUACGUACUCCGUGCCAUUGGAACGGAUGAAGAUCUCGCGCAUAGUUCUAUUCGUUUCGGCAUGGGGAGGUUCACAUCUGUCCAGGAAGUGGAUUAUACAGCGGAAAAAUGCAUUAAACACGUUACACGGCUCAGAGAAAUGUCACCCUUGUGGGAAAUGUUCCAAGAGGGAGUGGAUUUGAAGACAAUUCAGUGGUCUCAGCAUUAGAAAUUUUCCAAGAACUUCAAAAUGAUCGUAUUUCUGCGAAAAGAAGGUUUUUUAUGUUGUGAUGUGAUCCUCAAAAGAAUCAAUAAAUCUUCAGUCAUCGUUCUUCUGUGAGAAAAAUCUACUUAAGAAGACUUUUUGUGACGUUUCAAUGGUGUUUUAGUCCCUUCAUCAGGUACUUGACAGAUAAAAAUGUUUUAAGGGUUUAAAGUUAGAGUUUAAACAUCACACACAAGCAAAAUUAAUUGAAAUUGGAUUAAUUAGAAAACUUUAGCGAAAUACGAUCAUUUUGAAUGAAUAAUGGUUAAAAUCCCAGUGUAGAUAAAAUAAAUUGCAGCAUAGGACGAAGAGUGAUAAAAAACCCGAUAAUGACUUGCUAAAUAUUAUAUAAAAACAUUCUUUAAGCGGUGGAAUAAAUGUAUAUUAUACGUAUAUUAAAUAUAUAUAAAAGUGACUUCAA